UUACAUUUCAGCUCACUGUUGGACCAGAAUCAAAUUAUGAAAAGUUGAUAUUUGCAUUACCAGAUAAAACACGUUUAACAUUGGUUGAUUUCCCAUUGCAUUUACCAUUGGAACUAUUAGGUAUGGAGACAUGUUUGAAAGUGUUAAGUGCUAUUAUGUUAGAACAAAAGGUUGUACUACAAUCCAGAGAUUAUAAUGCUUUAACAAUGUCAGUAAUGGCAUUUACAGCAAUGCUUUAUCCACUUCAAUAUAUGUUUCCUGCUAUACCACUGUUACCAAAUAGUUUGGAAGGAGGAGAAAAUUUAUUACUUUCUCCAACGCCAUAUCUAAUCGGUAUCCCAGCGUCAUUUUUAAGUCAAAAGAAAGAUUUUCGAUUUCCUGCUGAUGUUUGGUUAGUUGAUUUGGAUGCGAAUAAAGUAAGCCAAUUCACACUGAAUUAUUAUUCAGAGAAAUGUGAUGUAUUGAUAAUUUUUGUAAUUCGAUCUUCAUCGAAUAGGUUAAAAAAUAUGAACGUUACUUCAUCUACUUACUUUCAGUCAUUUGAGUAA